UACAGCUUGUAACCUACUCUAUAUUCUGUGCUAUAGCUACUCCUCAAGGUGAUCCAGUGGGAGCUCACGGACUAUCCAUGUUACGUCCACUCAUUUUGGCAAUUACCUACAAAUCGUAAAAUUAUUAAUGCAUUAUACGAACUUUUUUGGGUAUACAUCAGAUACUUAAAAGGUGUGCGACAUUUAAGAUUCUGUAUAAUCAAAAAUGAAACGUUCUCUUAGAGUUACAUUGUUUAUUUCUCUCAUUCACUAUUCUUUAGUGAGACAACUGCAAGCGUUUCCAGUUUUUUAUAAUGAAGAAACCAACAUGGGCAGCAUGCAAAUUCCAAGAUUGGGAGGUCAUUUAUUCGACGAGGUAAGAGCGAAUGUGGAUCAAGUUGCCGACAAUUUCUUUAGAAUUCCAAAUGUUUUCUUGAAACAAUUUGGUAAUUCCCCGAUUUCCCAUAUUGAAGACUUCGCGGGCGACGCCUUAAAAAGUGGAUAUUCGUUUAUGAAUAAUUCCUGGGAAACUGUAAGGAAAUUUUCUAAUAUUGGUAAUUUGCCAAGAGCGCCUGCCGAGCUUAGCGAUGCCAAGAAAUCGGAGACGCAAGGAAAUAUUGGUGGAGUAAUACGUUUGAAUACGAAAGAUGCGCCAUGAAACAAAUUUAAUGACAUUGCUCGUA